AAUUGUAGCAGACGAUUUUAUUAAUCAUACGCCCUGGUUUAUUGAUGGACGCAAUUCUGAAAUAAACAAGGAAAAUCGGAGUCAUUUAGGUUUUAACAAUAACUAAGUAUGGCAACCAUUUGUGGUGUCAGGCCAAGCGAGGGAGUUGAAACAAGAAAGCUACGUGUCAAAGUUAUUUGUGGUGUAAAAUUAGCUAAAAAAGACAUUUUUGGUGCAAGUGAUCCCUAUGUUCGAAUAAGUCUUUAUGAAGGUGGUAGAAACUCAUCUGUAAUCGAAUGUGCCCAAACAAAAACAAUAAGAAAAAAUUUGAAUCCAGUCUGGAAUGAGGAAUUCAUAUUUAGAAUAGUUCCCAGGAAUAAUACGCUGUUAUUUGAGGUGUUUGAUGAAAAUAGAAUUACAAGAGAUGAUUUUCUGGGUCUUGUUGAAAUAGAAUUGUCUACAGCUUGUAUACAAUCAGAGGAUAGUGAAAACAUUCAACCGUCAAGGCAGUAUCUGUUAAGACCAAGAACAUCUAAAUCAAGAGUUAAAGGCAACUUAGAGUUAUAUUUAGCUUAUAUAGAAGACGAUGAUGACGUCCCUGAAGCUACUAGAGAUUUUGAAGAGGAUUCCAGAGAUUGGGAGAUAGUUAGAAGCGAUUCUGUAAGACAAGAAAUGCAAGAUUCAUUCCCUCAAAAUCAGAAUGAAUCAAAUAAUGGCGAAGAUUCUUCAGCUCAACAACCACCUAGAACAGACUAUCCACUACCUCCUAAUUGGGAAUGUCGUAUUGAUGGUAGAGGAAGACGCUUUUAUAUUAACCACACAACAAGAUCAACUCACUGGCAGUUACCCACUGAAAAUGAUAGUGAACCUCUACCACCUGGAUGGGAAUCAAAAGUUGAUAAUAUUGGUAGAACCUACUAUGUUGAUCAUGCAAAUAGAAUUACUACUUGGCAAAGACCUUCAGCUGAUUCAACUGCUCAAACGGCAGAUGAAGAAAGAAGGCAGGCGGCAGAUAAUUUCAGGCAACGGCGAUGUGUCAGUCAUGAAGAUACAUUGUCUAUAUCAGGAACUGAUGAUAAUGCUCUAGCAGCAGCUGCUGGACCAAUACAGAGACUGCAUACGCUCGGCAACAGUGUUGAUAAUAUAGCUAUUGAAGAUGAUGAUGGACCCCUUCCUGUCGGUUGGACUAAAAGCCAGGCUCCAAACGGAAAGGUUUUUUAUGUUGAUCACAAUAUGAGAAUGACAAGUUGGGAAGACCCUCGACGACAAAACCGGGCAAGAUCAAUUACUAUGGGAGCGAGUAAAGACAUGGAUUUAACUCAGCGUCUUGGUCAACUUCCGGAAGGUUGGGAAGAACGUAUUCAUACAGAUGGUAGAAGUUUCUUCAUAGAUCACAACACUAAAAAAACAACGUGGGAAGACCCUCGAUUAAAAUUACUAAAUGGCCCUUCACUGCAAUACUCAUCAAGUUAUAAGCAAAAAUAUGAUAACUUUAGGGCUAAAUUACGAAAACCAACCAAUGUGCCCAAUAAAUUUGAUAUUAAGGUUAAAAGAAAAAGUAUUUUAGAAGAUUCUUUUAGAUGCAUAAUGAGUGUAAAACGAACCGAUCUACUAAAAACAAGAUUAUGGAUAGAGUUUGAUGAUGAACAAGGUUUAGAUUAUGGCGGGGUAUCAAGAGAAUGGUUUUAUUUACUUUCUAAAGAAAUGUUCAAUCCAUAUUAUGGUCUAUUUGAGUAUUCGGCUAUUGAUGAUUAUACACUGCAGAUUAAUCCCAAAUCAGGAGUUGCAAAUCCAGAACAUUUAUCGUAUUUUAAAUUCAUUGGUCGUGUCUGUGGCAUGGCAGUUUUCCAUGGCAAACUGAUAGAUGGUUAUUUUAUUAGGCCUUUCUAUAAAAUGAUGCUUGGAAAGUCAAUUACUUUGGAUGAUAUGGAAUCUGUAGAUUCUGAAUAUUAUAAUUCUUUAAAAUGGAUUGAGGAGAACGAUCCUGAAUGUUUAGUUUUAAGUUUUUCUAUCGUUGAAGAGGUUUUUGGUCAAACAGAAGAAACUGAGCUAAUACCGGGUGGUAAAGAUAUUCCAGUUUCAGAAGAUAAUAAAUUGGAUUAUAUAAAAAAUGUCAUAAACUGGAGAUUUUCUAGUAGAGUUAAAGAACAAAUGAGCAGUUUUUUAACUGGUUUUAAUGAAAUUAUACCUAACACUAAUUUGCAAAUUUUCGACGCUAACGAAAUAGAAUUACUGUUGGCAGGAUUGCAAGAUAUUGAUGUUCAAGACUGGAAGAGUCAUAGUCAGUAUAGGAGAGAUUAUAACGCUAAUCAUCCAGUGAUAAUAAACUUUUGGAAAACUGUAUAUUCAUUUAAUAAUGAAACUAGAUCCAAAUUGCUACAAUUUGUUACCGGAACUUCUAGAGUGCCCAUGAAUGGCUUCAAAGAACUAUAUGGUAGUAACGGUCCUCAAUUAUUCACCAUAGAGCACUGGGGUCUACCAACUGACCUGCCAAGAGCUCAUACUUGUUUCAAUCGACUUGAUUUACCAGCCUACACCACCUACGAUGAACUUAGAAAGAAGUUACUUAUUGCCAUUGAAAACUCUGAAGGAUUUGACGGCGUUGAUUAAAUAUAACGGAUAAUAUUCAAUUAAUAUACAAUAACCAUAUAUACGUUAUAUCAAUCCUAUCUCUUCUUCAUAAGAAGCUAAAAACAAUUAAUUUUUAUUAUAAAUCAGAAAUCCCGAUGCCUCUUUAAAAAGAAUAUCACAGCAGCUAUAGAUUAUGGAGAAUAAUAUUAUGCUAUAAAUGCCUGAUAUAAAGGCAGAAGUUGAUAAUUCAAAGUCGAUUAUUCAUCCAAUGUUAGUAGUGGAAUAGAUGAUUUGUCUAAACGAAUGUAAUUUUUUGAAAGUCAACUUCAUAAUAAAUGAUUUAGGAUCUUUGCUCCUCCUAUGUUGCUUCCUUUUAAUACCUCCCAUCUCUCUCUCUUUCUCUCUCCCUAUCAAGCUCCCUACCCCCUCCUCCCCACACCAAUUAAUCAUAAAUAUGAACAGUUUUUACAAAAAUUCGAUAAUUUACAUUUAAUUGCUUUUAUUAUUUAAAGAAAAUUGUUAUGGAGAUAACUUGAAUACAAAUAGCCAGUUUGUGUGCAUACUAAAUUAAAAUAAAAGCAUUUUCUUUUCUGUUUCUUUUUUGUUAUUCGUCAAUUAUUAGUUUGUUUUCC